AUGUCUGUGUAUCUGCCGGGAGAUGAGGAGGAAGGGUGCGGGUGCAUCACUCUGCAUUCUUUCCUGAAGUGCUGCCGCCCCAGCAGGCAGGAAGGGCACAAGGAGGAAGGCCUGGAGCAGGGAGCCAGCUCCAGGAGGAGCAGCAGGCGCCACGAGCAGGCCGUUGAAGACCGUGUUGAAAGCCUGCUGCGGGAUUUCCACAAUGUCACCAGGUUUUUCUGUGACUACAGGGCCUUUUCUUCUCCAGGCGAGGUCCUGGAAGUCCUCCUGCGCAGGCAUGGAAACGAGGACGCCUGGAUUGGAUCAGGAGACGCCAGAAGAGUCCUCGGGAACCCGCUAGCCCUGCUCCUCAGCACCUGGCUCCUUACAACGCCAGAAGAUUUCAGGGAGGCACCAGGUUACCCCAAUUUAAAGACACUGCUCCAGUACCUGCAAGGAGACAUGCCUGGCUCUCAAGUGCUGGAAGAGGCAGAACACCUCCUGGCCAAGUUUCUCAGCGAAGAGCUAGAAAAUGAGAGUAAGUUAUAUUUUUUCCCAAGCUAUCGCUGCCUAACCUCCCAAACCUGA